AUGGGUCCUGGCGGACAGCUGUGUGGGCUACUCGGUGUGGCAGCUAUCGCCUCUGCCUCUUACAGCAAUAGGCCCGACUUUGCGAGCCGCUUCACCUUCGCUGCGCCGUAUGACCAGUCUUUUUUGGAGGGCUACUCGAUCUUGAAACAUGUCGGAGGCUUAGGACCCUAUAGCAACCGCAUGUCAUACGGUAUUGAUCGAGACCCUCCCGAUGGCUGCGCUGUUGAUCAAGUCAUCAUGAUCAGGCGUCAUGGUGAGCGGUACCCCCAGGGCAGCGAUGGGGUGAAGAUCGAGGCUGCGCUUGAUAAACUCUACAGCUCUAAGAUCACAGAAUGGAAGGGUGAUCUUACGUUCUUGAAUUCGUGGGAGUACUUUGUGGAUAGUGAAGGCCUCUACGGGCUGGAGACUGAGUCUGGUCCUUAUAACGGGCUAUUAACGAGUUACAAGCACGGUGCUGAGUAUCGCGUGCGGUAUGGUCAUCUGUGGGAUCAAAAUUCAAAUAAGACUGUUCCAAUGUGGACCAGUGAGUUUGAGCGGGUUGUGCAGACUGCUCGCAAGUUUGGUGAGGGCUUCUUUGGAUGGAACUAUACCGACUCUGUCGCCUUGAAUGUCAUUUCUGAGAGCGAGGAUAUGGGCGCCAAUAGCCUCACGCCCGUCUGCCCAGGAGACAACCUACCCGAGAAAUGCAAGAGUCUCAGUGCAGACUUGCCUGCAUUCCGCGUUGCUGCCGAUCGCCUCAACAAGCAGAAUCCCGGACUUGAUCUUAAUUCGACGGAUGUCUUCCAGUUGAUGUUUAUGUCAGUUUUUGAGCUCAAUGUGCGCGGAUACUCUGAUUGGACCGAUGCUUUUACCAUGGACGAGUGGAAAUGGUUCGGGUAUACCCAGGAUCUACAGUUCUAUUACUGUGCUGGACCUGGUGAUCCAUAUGCUAAAGCCGUGGGGGCUGUAUACGCCAAUGCGUCGUUGACCUUGUUGAAUCAAGGACCCGAGAAAGCUGGCACCAUGUAUUUCAACUUGUGA